AGGGUCAGAGUCUUCUCGUGUGAUAAAGCUGAGGUUUGCCUUGAAAGCUCAGCAGCAUUGUAAUUUUACCGUGAACACUAAUGUUUGUCUAAAAGGAUUGGUGGCCAGAAAUAAGCCACGGUGUCUAAUGAGACACAGGGACCCAGCUGGGCAAGAUGCCAUGGCAUUUCUUGCAUGUGUUUUUCUCAUAAGCAAAAUGGCUUCAUGCUGAAGAGGAUGGUCACAAAGUCUGAGGAAUUAGAGGUCAGAGUGGGACUUUCAGACUUAAUGCGGAAGAUCGAGGUAAGCCCUGGAUUUUGAAAUGAGUGAAUCUGUGGAACUGUGAUUUCCUGCAAAUCAAAUGGGGAAUGUCUGCAGAUGUGUAAGAGCUGAGAAAGAAGAACAGUAUUUAGAUCCUGCCAAAACUCCUUUGAGCCCUGAAAAAUACUCUCCCAGAAGAAAAUAUUUCAGGAGAAAACCAGUCAAGACAACUGUAGGUGACACAGACUCAGUAGAGCCAAGCCAGGACAAUGAAGACAAGAGGGAGAGCAGCGUUCAGCUCUCAAGAGAACAGCCUGCUUUUUCACUCAGGGGACUGGUGCUGGAGGGAUCUGCCGCCCCAAACCUCACACCGGAAAGUGGUAUUCGGCAAGAGGGGACAGAAGUUGUAGUUGAUGAUAAACAGAAACUUGUGCCGAGUACUGUGAGCAUUCGGUCUUACCAUGUGGACACCUCUCCUGCUGAUGACAGUGAAACAGAAGUAAAAGUUAGUGAUCUGGACGAAAGGAUUCCAGAAAAGAACAGCACUCCAUAUUGUGCAAAGAGGAAGGAACAUUUAGAUGCUGUCAACAGGAGAGAAAUAACAUUCCAAAGGAAAACUGAGGUUUUCUCUUUACGAAAGGCAGCCAGCUUAAGUUCCAUUCACUAUGGUACAGAGAGAUCUUCUGAAAAAAGUGGGCUUUCUGAAGACCCAUCAAAAAAUUAUAGCAGUGUUCAAGAAAAGCAUAACACUGAGAGAUUCUGCCCUCAUGAAAUAAACAAUUUUCACUUUGGAAAAAAGAGAUGUCAUUCCCUCUGUACUAUUGUGUUCUCUGCUUCCAGGGGCACAGAUGGAAAUGAGAUAUCUGAUAUCCAUGUUACUGGAGAGUCAGAGGAUAUGUCUGCGAAGGAGAGAUUGCUACUGUGGACACAGCAGGCAACAGAGGGUUAUGCUGGAAUACGGUGUGAAAAUUUCACUACCUGCUGGAGAGAUGGAAAACUAUUUAAUGCCAUCAUUCAUAAAUACAGGCCGGACCUGAUAGACAUGAAUACUGUUGCUGUUCAAAGCAACCUUGCAAAUUUAGAGCACGCUUUUUAUGUAGCAGAAAAAAUUGGAGUUAUAAGACUUCUGGAUCCUGAAGAUGUUGAUGUCUCCUCACCUGAUGAAAAAUCAGUAAUAACUUAUGUGUCAUCUCUCUAUGAUGCAUUUCCCAAAGUCCCUGAAGGUGGCGAAGGCAUUGGUGCAAAUGAUGUUGAAGUCAAAUGGAUUGAAUACCAGAAUAUGGUGAACUACCUCAUUCAGUGGAUUAGACACCAUGUGACCACAAUGUCUGAGAGAACAUUUCCUAAUAAUCCCGUAGAACUCAAGGCACUUUAUAAUCAGUAUUUACAGUUUAAAGAAACAGAAAUUCCACCAAAGGAGACAGAAAAAUCAAAAAUUAAACGCCUAUAUAAAUUAUUAGAGAUUUGGAUAGAAUUUGGACGCAUCAAACUACUUCAAGGUUAUCAUCCAAAUGACAUAGAAAAAGAGUGGGGGAAACUCAUUAUUGCCAUGCUCGAGAGAGAGAAGGCACUUCGACCAGAAGUAGAAAGGUUGGAAAUGUUGCAGCAGAUUGCCAACCGAGUUCAAAGGGACAGUGUCAUCUGUGAAGACAAACUGAUACUUGCCCGAAACGCUCUCCAGUCUGAUUCUAAAAGAUUAGAAUCAGGAGUACAGUUUCAGAAUGAAGCAGAAAUUGCCGGGUAUAUACUUGAAUGUGAGAACCUUUUACGCCAGCAUGUAAUCGAUGUACAGAUUCUUAUUGAUGGAAAAUACUACCAGGCAGAUCAGUUGGUACAGAGGGUUGCAAAACUCCGCGAUGAAAUUAUGGCCUUGAGGAAUGAAUGUUCCUCGGUGUACAGCAAAGGGCGCAUGCUGACGACGGAACAGACAAAACUCAUGAUAUCAGGAAUUACUCAAAGUUUAAACUCAGGAUUUGCACAGACCUUAAACCCCAGUCUGAACUCAGGGCUGACCCAGGGUUUAACGCCUUCCCUGACCCCUUCUAGUGUGACAUCAGGCCUGUCAUCAGGUCUGACUUCCCGUCUGACUCCAUCUGUCACUCCAGCUUAUACACCUGGUUUCCCAUCAGGAGGAUUAGUUCCAAGUUUCAGUUCAGGAGUAGAGGCCAAUUCAUUACAAACUCUGAAAUUGAUGCAGAUCCGAAAGCCCCUUCUAAAGUCUUCUUUGCUGGAUCAGAAUUUAACAGAAGAGGAAAUCAACAUGAAAUUUGUUCAAGAUCUUUUGAAUUGGGUUGAUGAGAUGCAGGUGCAGCUAGACCGCACUGAAUGGGGAUCAGAUUUGCCAAGUGUUGAAAGCCAUUUAGAGAAUCAUAAAAACGUUCACCGAGCUAUUGAAGAAUUUGAAUCUAGCCUUAAAGAAGCUAAAAUCAGUGAGAUCCAAAUGACGGCACCUCUUAAACUAACUUAUGCAGAAAAGUUACACCGAUUAGAGAGUCAGUAUGCAAAACUCCUGAAUACAUCCAGGAAUCAGGAACGGCACCUUGAUACACUCCAUAAUUUUGUAACUCGUGCAACUAAUGAACUUAUUUGGUUGAAUGAAAAAGAAGAGGAGGAAGUUGCCUAUGACUGGAGUGAAAGAAAUAACAACAUAGCUCGGAAAAAAGAUUACCAUGCUGAAUUAAUGAGAGAACUUGAUCAAAAGGAAGAAAAUAUUAAAUCAGUUCAGGAGAUAGCAGAGCAGCUACUUUCGGAAAAUCACCCAGCCAGACUGACAAUUGAGGCCUAUCGAGCAGCAAUGCAGACACAAUGGAGCUGGGUCUUACAGCUGUGCCAGUGUGUGGAGCAGCACGUCAAGGAAAACACCGCGUAUUUCGAGUUUUUCAAUGAUGCCAAAGAAGCUACUGAUUACUUGAAGAAUCUCAAGGACGCCAUUCAGCGGAAGUACAGCUGUGACAGAUCAAGCAGCAUUCACAAACUGGAAGACCUGGUUCAGGAGUCAAUGGAAGAGAAAGAAGAACUUUUACAGUAUAAAAGCACAGUAGCAAGCCUGAUGGGGAGAGCAAAAACAAUAAUUCAGCUGAAGCCGAGGAAUCCUGACUGUCCACUCAAAACUUCUAUUCCAAUCAAAGCUAUCUGUGACUACAGACAAAUUGAGAUAACCAUUUACAAAGAUGAUGAAUGUGUUUUGGCCAACAAUUCUCACCGUGCGAAAUGGAAGGUCAUCAGCCCCACUGGGAAUGAGGCUAUGGUCCCGUCUGUGUGCUUCACAGUCCCUCCACCAAACAAAGAAGCAGUUGACUUUGCAAACAGAAUUGAGCAACAGUAUCAGAAUGUCCUGACUCUUUGGCAUGAGUCUCACAUAAACAUGAAGAGUGUAGUGUCCUGGCAUUAUCUCAUCAAUGAAAUUGAUAGAAUUCGAGCUAGCAAUGUGGCUUCAAUAAAGACAAUGUUACCUGGUGAACAUCAACAAGUUCUGAGUAACCUGCAGUCUCGUUUUGAAGACUUUCUGGAAGAUAGCCAGGAAUCCCAAAUAUUUUCAGGCUCAGAUAUAACGCAACUGGAAAAGGAGGUUAAUGUAUGUAAGCAGUAUUAUCAAGAACUUCUUAAAUCAGCAGAAAGAGAGGAGCAAGAGGAAUCUGUGUAUAACCUGUACAUCUCUGAAGUUCGAAACAUUAGACUUCGGUUAGAGAGUUGCGAAGAUCGGUUGAUUAGACAGAUCCGCACUCCACUGGAAAGAGAUGAUUUGCAUGAAAGUGUGUUCAGAAUCACUGAGCAGGAGAAACUAAAGAAAGAGCUGGAGCGACUUAAAGAUGAUUUGGGAACAAUCACAAAUAAAUGUGAAGAAUUUUUCAGUCAAGCAGCAACCUCUGCAUCAGUGCCCACCUUACGGUCUGAGCUCGGUGUGGUCAUUCAGAACAUGAACCAAGUCUAUUCUAUGUCUUCCACUUACAUAGAUAAACUGAAAACUGUUAAUUUGGUGUUGAAAAACACUCAAGCAGCAGAAGCCCUGGUAAAACUCUAUGAAACUAAACUGUGUGAAGAGGAAGCAGUUAUAGCUGACAAGAAUAAUAUUGAGAAUCUAAUAAGUACCUUAAAGCAAUGGAGGUCUGAAGUAGAUGAAAAGAGAGAGGUAUUCCAUGCAUUAGAGGAUGAGUUGCAGAAAGCUAAAGCCAUCAGUGAUGAAAUGUUUAAAACCUAUAAAGAACGGGACCUUGAUUUUGACUGGCACAAAGAAAAAGCAGACCAGUUAGUUGAAAGGUGGCAAAAUAUUCACGUUCAGAUUGACAACAGGUUACGGGACUUAGAAGGCAUUGGCAAAUCACUGAAGUACUAUAGAGAUACUUAUCACCCUUUAGAUGAUUGGAUCCAGCAAGUUGAAACUACCCAGAGAAAAAUUCAGGAAAAUCAGCCUGAAAAUAGUAAAACUCUAGCCACACAGUUGAAUCAACAGAAGAUGCUGGUGUCCGAAAUAGAAAUGAAACAGAGCAAAAUGGAUGAGUGUCAAAAAUAUGCAGAACAGUACUCAACUACAGUGAAGGACUAUGAAUUACAAACAAUGACCUACCGGGCCAUGGUAGAUUCACAACAAAAAUCUCCAGUGAAACGCCGAAGAAUGCAGAGCUCAGCAGAUCUUAUUAUUCAAGAGUUCAUGGACCUAAGGACCCGAUAUACUGCUCUGGUCACCCUCAUGACACAAUAUAUUAAAUUUGCUGGUGAUUCAUUAAAGAGGCUGGAAGAGGAGGAGAUUAAAAAGUGUAAGGAGACUUCUGAACAUGGGGCAUAUUCAGAUCUGCUUCAGCGUCAAAAGGCAACAAUGAUUGAGAAUAGCAAACUUACGGGAAAGAUAAGUGAAUUGGAGAGAAUGGUAGCUGAACUAAAGAAGCAGAAGUCUCGAGCAGAGGAAGAACUUCCAAAGGUCAAGGAGGCUGCAGAAAAUGAAUUGAGAAAGCAGCAGAGAAACGUAGAAGACAUUGCUCUGCAGAAAAUCAGGGCCGAGAGUGAGGCCAAGCAGUACCGCAGGGAGCUGGAGACCAUUGUGAGGGAGAAGGAGGCUGCAGAACGGGAGCUGGAGCGGGUGCGAAGGCUCACCCUGGAGGCCGAGGCCAAGAGGGCAGCAGUGGAAGAAAACCUCCUGAACUUCCGGAACCAGUUAGAGGAGAACACCUUCACCAGGAGGACCCUGGAAGAUCAUCUUAAAAGAAAAGAUUCGAGUCUCAAUGACCUGGAACAACAAAAAAAUAAAUUGAUGGAAGAAUUGAGAAGAAAGAGAGACAACGAGGAGGAACUCUUGAAGCUGAUAAAGCAGAUGGAAAAAGACCUAACAUUUCAAAAACAGAUAGCAGAGGAACAGUUGAAAGAAAAGCAGAAAAUUGAACGGGAAGCGAGAAGAAGAAUAACUGAAAUGCAGUAUUCGUGUAGAGAAAACACGUCGCCUGCCUGUGCAGUCGCCCAGGCUACAUCAUACAGGGGAACAGCAGACAAACAGAAAACAGAAGAACUCAAACAGCAGGUAGAUGAGCUAACUGUCGCCAAUAGAAAGGCCGAAAAAGACAUGAGAGAGCUGAAGUACGAACUCAGUGCCCUUCAACUUGAAAAAACUUCAUCUGAGGAAAAGGCUCGUUUGCUAAAAGAAAAACUGGAUGAAACAAAUAAUACGCUGAAGUGCCUGAAGUUAGAGUUGGAAAGGAAGGAUCAGGUGGAGGAAGGGUAUUCUCAACAGCUCAGAGAACUUAGUAGGCAGUUGAACCAAACCACAGACAAAGCUGAAGAAGUUUUGCAGGAAGCUAAUGAUCUUAAGAAAAUAAAGCACAAUUAUGAACUGGAAUUAGAAUGUCUUCAACAGGAAAAAGGGAAGCUGCAAAGAGAAGUAGACAGGAUCACUAGGACCUGUGCUGUAACGGAGAGAGAUAUUCAGCAUUUAAAUUCACAAGUGAAUUCUCUUCAGGCUGAGAAGGAAUCCUCUAAUGAAAGAGUACGAUUCUGCCAGAGAAAGUCGGAUCAUCUAAAAGAACAGUUUGAGAAAAGCCAUGCACAGUUGCUCCAAAACAUUAAAGCUGAAAAAGAAAAUAAUGAUAAGAUCCAGAAGCUUAAUGAAGAAUUGAAGAAAAGUAAUGAGUGUGCAGAAACGCUAAAACAAAAGGUCGAUGAGCUCACGAGGCAGAAUAAUGAAACCAAGUUAAUGAUGCAGAGAAUUCAGGCCGAAUCGGCGAACGUGGUUUUAGAGAAACAGGCUAUCCAGCAAAGAUGUGAGGCCCUGAAAAUUCAGGCAGAUGGUUUUAGAGAUCAGCUACGCAACACAAACGAACACUUGCAUAAGCAGACAAAAACAGAACAGGAUUUCCAUAGAAAAAUUAAAUGCCUCGAAGAAGACCUGGCCAAAAGUCAAAAUUUAGUCAGUGAAUUUAAGCAAAAGUGUGACCAGCAGAACAUUAUCAUCCAGAAUACUGAGAAGGAGGUUAGAAACCUGAGUGCAGAGCUGACCGCUUCCAAAGAGGAGAAGCGACGAGGGGAGCAGAAGGUACAGCUGCAGCAGGCUCAGGUGCAGGAGUUAAAUAACAGGUUGAAACAGGUACAAGACGAGCUGCACUUAAAGACCAUAGAGGAGCAGAUGACCCACAGAAAGAUGCUUCUGUUUCAGGAGGAAUCUGACAAGUUCAAACGCUCAGCAGAGGAGUUUCGGAAAAAGAUGGAAAAGUUAAUGGACUCCAAAGUUAUCACUGAAAAGGAUAUCUCAGGCAUCCAGCUUGACUUUGUGUCUCUCCAGCAAGAAAACUGCAGGGCUCAAGAGAACGCCAAGCUGUGUGAGACAAAUAUUAGAGAACUUGAAAGACAGCUUCAGCAAUAUCGUGAGCAAAUGCAACGAGGGCAGAAUGUGGAAGCAAAUCAUUACCAAAAGUGCCGGAAACUUGAAGAUGAGCUGGUAGCCCAGAAACGUGAAGUUGAACGCCUGAAGCAAAAGAUGGAUCAACAGAUAAAGGAACACGAGCAUCAGUUAGUUUUGCUCCAGUGUGAAAUCCAAAAAAAGAACCCAGCCAAAGACUGUACCUUCAAACCGGAUUUUGAGAUGGCAGUAAAGGAGUGUCAGCACACCGGAGAACUGUCCUGUAGGAACACGGGGCAGCUUCGCCCAGCGACCAGAUCUCCAUUGCUGAGAAGGACGCGAGAGUCACAGCAAUCAGAGGAAAAAUGGCAACAUCGGGUUGUUGACCAGAUGCCAAAGGAAGUCCAAUUCUGGCCAUCAGGGGCACCGCUUGAGAAAGAGAAAAGCCAGCAGUGUUACUCUGAGUAUUUUUCGCAGACAAGCACUGAAUUACAGAUAACUUUCGAUGAGGCAAACCCUAUUACAAAACUGUCAGAAAUCGAGAAGAUAAGAGAUGAAGCUCUGUACAAUUCCAGGCCACCGGUUAGGUAUCAGGAUGACAAAUGUGCAAUGGACCUGGCGAAGCUUUUGGCCCCCUUAGAGAUAGCUAAGAGCAAGCAGUAUGAUAUGCACACAGAAGUCACCACAUUAAAACAAGAAAAGAACCCAGGUCCCAGUGCUGAAGAAUGGACGCUGGAAGGGUGCAGAGCAUCCGGUGGACUCCAGAGAGAGUUUGUUAAGAAAGGCUCAGAACGAGAGACCUUCCAGAAUUUGGAUGGCGAUCAUGUGUGUUCAGUUAGGGACGAUGAAUUUAAAUUCCAAGGUCUCCGGCACACUGUGACCGCCAGGCAGUUGGUUGAAGCUAAGCUUCUGGACAUGAAAACAGUAGAGCAGCUGCGACUUGGUCUCAAGACCGUUGGCGAAGUUCAGAAAACUCUUAGCAAGUUUUUGACGAGAGCCACCUCAAUUGCAGGGCUUUAUCUAGAAUCCACAAAAGAAAAGAUUUCAUUUGCCUCGGCAGCCAAGAACAUCAUAAUAGACAAAAUGAUGGCUUUAGCAUUUUUAGAAGCUCAAGCCGCAACAGGCUUUAUCAUCAAUCCCAUUUCAGGUCAGACCUACUCUGUUGAAGAUGCGAUCCUUGAAGGAGUUAUUGACCCCGAAUUCAAAAUUAGACUCCUUGAGGCAGAGAAGGCAGCCCUGGGGUAUUCAUAUUCUUCUAAGACAUUGUCAGUGUUCCAAGCUAUGGAAAAUAGAAUGCUUGACAGACAGAAAGGUAAACAUAUGUUGGAGGCCCAGAUUGCCAGUGGGGGUGUCAUUGACCCUGUGAGAGGCAUCCGCGUUCCUCCCGAAGUUGCUGUGCAGCAAGGCUUGUUAAAUAAUGCCAUCCUCCAAUUUUUACACGAGCCAUCCAGCAACACGAGAGUUUUUCCUAAUCCCAAUAACAAGCAAGCUCUCUAUUACUCAGAACUACUGCGGAUGUGUGUGUUUGAUGUAGAUUGCCAGUGCUUUUUGUUUCCCUUCGGGGAGAGGAGCAUUUCCAAUCUCAAUGUAGGGAAGACCCAUAGGAUUUCUGUAGUAGAUAUUAAAACAGGAGCAGAACUGACUGCAUAUGAGGCUUUCCAGCGAAACCUAAUUGACAAAAGUACCUAUCUUGAGCUUUCAGGGCAACAGUAUCAGUGGAAGGAAGCCACGUUUUUUGAAUCUUAUGGGCAUCCUUCUCAUAUGCUGACCGAUACUAAAACAGGACUACAGUUCAAUAUCAAUGAGGCUAUCGAGCAGGGAACAGUUGACAAAGCCUUGGUCAAAAAGUACCAGGAAGGGCUCAUCACACUUACCGAACUUGCUGACUCCCUGCUGAGCCGGAUGGUUCCCAAGAAGGAUUUGCACAGUCCUAUUGCGGGGUACUGGCUGACCACUACUGGGGAAAGGAUCUCUGUCCUAAAGGCCUCCCGCAGAAAUUUGGUCGACCGGAUUACUGCCCUCAGAUGCCUUGAAGCCCAAGUCAGCACAGGGGGCAUAAUUGAUCCUCUCACCGGCAAAAAGUACCGAGUGGCAGAAGCUUUGCACAGAGGCCUUGUUGAUGAGGGGUUUGCCCAGCAGCUGCGACAGUGUGACUUAGUAAUCACGGGGAUCGGCCAUCCCGUCACUAACAAAGUGAUGUCAGUGGCGGAGGCUGUGAAUGCAAAUAUCAUCAGUAAGGAAAUGGGAAUGAGAUGUUUGGAAUUCCAGUACUUGACCGGGGGGUUGAUAGAGCCCCAGGUUCAUUCCCGGCUGUCACUAGAAGAGGCUCUGCAAAAGUCACUGGAAGAAGAAAAGAAAGAACAUGUUGAAAAAGCCAAAGAAUUACAGAAAUGGGUAUCAAAUAUCACCAAGACAUUGAGAGAUGACGAGAAGGCUGGAAAAUCUCCCUUCUCUAAGCAAAAGAUUUCCAGUGAAGAAAUAUCAACCAAGAAGGAACAAUUAUCUGAAGCACUUCAAACCAUGCAGCUGUUUUUGGCAAAACAUGGAGACAAAAUGACAGAUGAAGAAAGAAAUGAAUUGGAAAAACAAGUGAAAUCUCUUCAAGAAAGUUAUAAUUCAUUGUUCAGUGAAUCUCUGAAACAACUACAAGAAUCACAAACCUUAAGAGAUACAAAGGUAGAGGAGAAGCUGGCUAAAGUGAUUGCAGGCACCCUUGAUGAGACAACUGGAGAAGUCCUGUCAGUCUUUCAGGCAGUUUUAAGAGGCCUUAUUGACUAUGACACAGGAAUCAGGUUGCUUGAGACACAGCUGAUGAUUUCUGGUCUGAUUUCACCAGAAUUAAGAAAAUGCUUUGACCUCCAAGAUGCCGAAAGUCAUGGCCUUAUUGAUGAACAAGUUUUAUGCCAACUCAAAGAACUAAAUCAAGCAAAGGAGAUCAUUUCCACCAUGUCAUCUACCACAAUUCCAGUGCUGGAAGCUUUGGCUCAAGGCAUGAUAUCAGAAUCUAUGGCCAUCAGAGUGCUUGAGAUACUACUUUCCACUGGCUUUCUAGUUAUUCCAGCCACCAGAGAACAGCUGACCCUACAGAAGGCUUUCCAACAGAACUUGGUUUCUUCAGCGUUAUUUUCUAAAGUCCUGGAGAGGCAAAAUAUGUGUAAGGAUCUUAUUGACCCCUGCACCGCUGAGAAGGUGUCUUUAGUAGAUAUUAUACAGAGAAGUAUUUUACAGGAAAACACUGGGAUGCGGCUUCUACCUGUGAGACCACAAGAAGGAGGUAGAAUAACAUUAAAAUGUGGAAGAAACAUAAGCAUUUUAAGGGCGGCUCAUGAAGGUCUCAUAGACCGGGAAACCAUGUUUAGGUUAUUAGGCGCACAGCUGCUUUCUGGAGGUCUGAUCAAUUGCAAUUCUGGUCAGAGAAUGACUGUUGAAGAAGCUUUGAUGGAAGGGGUGAUUGACAGAGACACGGCUAACAGUAUUCUCACAUAUCAGGUUCAAACAGGUGGAAUCAUCCACUCAAAUCCUGCUAAACGUUUAACCGUGGAUGAAGCAGUCCAGUGUGAUCUCAUAACUUCGAGCAGUGCUCUUUUGGUACUAGAGGCUCAGCGAGGCUAUGUGGGACUCAUCUGGCCUCACUCUGGUGAAAUAUUUCCUACAUCUUCUUCCUUGCAGCAAGAAUUGAUUACAAAUGAAUUGGCAUACAAAAUCCUGAAUGGCAGGCAGAAAAUAGCUGCUCUUUAUAUUCCAGAAACUUCUCAAGUCAUUGGUUUGGAUGUUGCUAAGCAGCUGGGAAUUAUAGAUAAUAACACGGCAUCGAUUUUAAAAAGUAUAAUACUGCCUGAUAAAAUGCCAGAUUUGGGAGAUUUAGAAGCUUGUAAAAAUGCCAGAAGAUGGCUCUCUUUUUGUAAAUUCCAACCAUCCACAGUCCAUGAUUACAGGCAAGAAGAGGAUGUUUUUGAUGGAGAAGAGCCAGUGGCAACUCAGAGCUCGGAACAAACUAAAAAAUUAUUCCUGUCUUAUUUGAUGAUAAAUAGCUAUAUGGAUGCAAACACAGGGCAGAGGCUUUUGUUAUACGAUGGAGACUUGAAUGAAGCUGUUGGUAUGCUACUGGAAGGCUCUAGAGCCGAGUUUGAGGACACACCCGUAAAAGAAUGUCUUGAUGUCUUAGGACUCCCUGGUGUAUUUCUGAAUAAUGCUCCAAGUAGAGGAAGGGAUGACAGUGUAGCUUCACUGACUAGUUUUGAUAAAUGUUAUUGCAGAGAACCUAAGUGUAAAGAAAUCCCUGAGGAGAGAAAGAAUGCCGUAGAUGAAGAGUUUAAUGAAAUGGGAAAUAACAUUACCAGUAGUGAAUUUCAUCAGUCAGAAAACCUGGCAAAUAUAAUAGCAACUGAUCAUAAAGUUAAGAAUUCAUCCAGUGUGCAUGUUCCCAAUUCUGUAUCGUGUUUAACACAGCCUGGACUUGUACCAGUUAGCAUGCUUAGACAAGACUCUGAAAACAAAAACUGUGAAAAUCAAAGUCAAGUUGGAAUAAAUGAAGAUGCAGGUGAAUGUAGUCAUUCUAAACAUACUCAAAACUUUGCAAGUGACUCGAUAACAAAUCCUAUUAUGAAAUCAAAAACUAGUAGAACCAGUGAUUUGAAUGAAAAAGAGAAUGAAGAUAAUAUAAGCAGGGAUUUGACAACCUUUGACUAUUCUCCCAGGCUGAGUGCCUUGCUAAGUCAUGAUAAACUGAGGAAUGAUCAGGAAAGUCUUAAUGAUUUACAUACCACAGAGAGCCAUGGAAACAAAUGUAAAGACUCUACUUUGUCAUUCAGUGACCAAACCAUGUUAUCGGGUCAAAGAAUGGGAGAAAAGUUUCAAGACCAGUUUCUGGGAAUUGCAGCUAUCAAUAUCAGUUUACAGGGAGAACACUGUCAACAAAAUCCUUUAAAUACAGGUGACAGUGAUCCUCAGGUACCAUCUCACAAUGAUAAAUAUAAUUCAGAUAUUUAUGGUGAGGAUGAAGAACCGCACGCUGCUUCUCAGCAGAAACCUGAAGCCGGGAAAAAUGAGUCCCAAGUGGAAGAGUACUCCUGUGCCACAACUCCACAGGGUGACACUGAUAAUGCCAACCCAUCUCGUAUCUGUGGUACAUCGCUGCUUGAAGAAACUGUCUGCGCCGGUGACUAUGAGACGUCACUGCUGGAUGAUCAGCACAGUGUGACAGAAACAGACACAGAUAGUGAUGAUGAUUUUUAUGAUACCCCCUUGUUUGAAGACGACGACCAUGAUUCUCUGCUUCUUGAAGGUGAUGAUUGUGAUUGUCUACAGCCUGAGGACUAUGCCACACUGCAAGAGGAAAAUGAUGGGGCUGCUCCUCCUGGUGAUGUUUUUUAUGAUGUUUCAAAAGAGAUUGAAAAUUCUGUGAUGACCCAGGGAGCACUGGUUGAUAGCUUAAGUGUGAGGGAGGACACACGGUCUCCUCAGGGUUUUCUCACAGGUACUGAGAAAGCUGAAUUCGAUUCUGGUGAAAGAGUACGCUCAAAUUCAGCUGACUCAGACAAGGACAAUGGACAGUUGCUGGAAACUGUAUCAGAAAGUGAAAGCGCAAACAGCCUUGAAGGUGAUGAGUGUGACUCGUUAGCUGAUUAUGAAAUUGUAGAGGGAAAAAAGAGCUUCAGUGCUUCUCUAACAUUUGAUGACACUGGGUGUUGGAGAAGGAGACAAGAAGAACAUAUAGCUGAACAAGAAUUUAAAUCUGAUACUGAGCAUUUAGAUUCUGUGCAAAGUGAAGAAAGUUAUGGGUAUUAUGUAUGUGACAGUAAUGAGCAGGAUGAUGAUGACAAUUCUGAUGAUGAUGAUGGUGACGGUGAAGAAGGAGUAGAAGGCGAAAAUGGAAAGCCCCCAUACCAAGAUGAGGGUAUGAAUAGCCAGCUGCGUGCCACCACAGUAAGUGAAAAGGAAAACGGUCGUGAAAAUCAAAGUGUUACUAAAGUAAUUCUCCCGGAUAAAGCGCACAACUACAGUUGUUCAGAAAAACAGCAAAGUGUAAAUGUUUUACAACUAGAAUCAACUAGUAAAAAUAGCUUAGUUACUGAAAGAAGCAACCUUCCAGAAUGUACACCCGAGGCUGUUGGAAAAAGCAAAGAAGACCUGUUGAAUCAUGACAUGGCUCUUAAGGAUAUAUUGCUGACUAUCGCUAAAGACACUGAAUCAGAAAACACCUCUGGCUCUGUAGGUGUUUUAAAUAAUACUAAUACCUGUUCGACUUCUGAAGUAGAUAAGGAUCCCAUGAAUGUAAAGUUUCAGUUGAUUCAAGAGCCAGAGUCUACUGACACUGUGAAAGGUGGAGAUCAGUAUUUUGAGAAUGUGACAGUUCAAGACUCCUCUCCUUUUGAUAAAAUCAUUUGUCCUGAGCCUGAUUUAACAGGAAAACCUGCUGAGGAAAGCCAUUUGUCAUCCGUAGCCUGUGUAAGUGCCAAAGAUCAUCAAGUACCUGAAAGAGGCCUAGUUAAAAAGAACAGUGACCAAAAUGGUAUACUAAUAGAAGAUGAAACAUAUGUUCAUAAAAUGUGCUCAGGUAAAGGAGAUGUGCUUAGAGAAGGGAUAGAAGAAGAGAGUAGGUCUCUCAGACCUCUGCCUGGUGAAAGUACAAGGAAGAAUCUUGAUUUAGUGAAUGAUCAAUUUCCAUUUCCACCAGUCACAGAUAGUGAAGAACAUAAUAUGAAAGGAAGCCUGAAAAAAACAACUGUAACUCUUGCAGAUGAACCACAGAAUCUACAAACAGUGGUCAGCAAAAGUCCUGUUCAGUUUGAGAAUCUUGAAGAGAUAUUUGAAUCCUCAAUUUCCAAAGUGAUCAGUGAUGACAUUCUUUCAGACAUUCCAUUGUCUGAAGGGAAUACAGAUACUGAGAAAGAUUCAUUCACUGAUGGACCUGACAAAGAAUCUGACCUGUUCACGUAUUUAAAACAUUGUGCCAAAGAUGUAAAAGCAAAAGAUGUAUUGAAACCAAAUGGAGAUAUACCAAGCUGUGUUCUAAUGGCUUCCCCUGCUGUGAAAGAAGACAUACAGUUUGGAAUAAAUAAUGCAAAAGAGAAGACAGCUCUUACCCAGGAAGUCUCACCUCUAAAUGAGACAGCCCAACAGAAUGAUCUUUGUAGUAACAAAAGUGCCUCAGAAGGGGGAACAGAAGUUGGUCACUUCACACCAGAAAGGAAUGAAAGCGCACUUUCAAUCUUUCCUCUUAAAAACGUGGAAGACUUUGGGGAAAAUACUGAUUUUGUGUCACCAGAACUCUGCACAAAUGUGAUAAGAAAUGAUAACUCCAGUAACCCUUUAAGCACGGACUACUUAUUUUCAGAAAUUCACGGUAAGAUGGAAGCAAUUGAGCAACAGCAGCAAAAAGAACAAGCUUUGUCUCUAGGACUCCAAGAAAAGGAGGUUCACAUUCCUGAGUCAUCUCAAGUAUUUGUUGAGGGUGUAGAAAGUAGAUUGGAAGAAGGUCCUAUGAAUCCUCAAGAAGUUGGAGAAUCUCCAGUCUGUUCAGACACUGAAAUUCUAAUUCAAAGCUUAAUUAAAAGGGUAAACACAUUACAGUUGGCAAAAGAAGCAUCUAGUGUGCCCAGUGAUUCUAAAAUUGGUGACUGUUCUAGAGUUUCCCCCAUGAAUAACUCACCAGAACUAAAAGCAGAGAGUAGAGAUGAUCCAUUCUGUAUUGCCAAUCUUAAGUCUGAGUUUCUCCUUAAUAUACUUAAGCAGAAUGAGUAUAGCCAGAAAAUUACUGGAGCAUUUGAAUUGAUGAAAGAAUUAACUCAGAUGGAGUAUGAGCUCGAGAAAAGAGGUAUUACAUCCAAAGUACUUCCGUUGCAACUUGAAAAUAUUUUCUAUAAGCUGCUCGCUGACACAUAUUCAGAGAAAGUAGAACAGGUCAGAGACCUGAAUCAAAAAUCAUCCACUGCUACUGAGGUUGUGGAUGAAAAGUCACACAUUCUUGAUGAUCUUAAAGGUGAAGAAGGAAACCACUGUUCCUGUAAUUUACAAAACCUAAAAGAUACCGGACUUGAAAACCCGACUGCGUGUGCAUCGGCAUUGCCGAGUGAUGAGAAGCUGGGGGAGCUAUGCAAUGAUAUCACAGAACAUCUGGAAAGUAUUUCAGGGUCAAAACGAGUGACUUCAGGAGAUAGCUCAAUGGAACAAUUUUCCAGUGAGUUACAGCAGUGUUUACAGCACACAUCAAAAAUGCACGAGUAUUUGGCUUUACUUCAAAAUAUGAAGCCCCCAUUAGACAACCAGGAGUCUCUGGAUAAUAAUCUGGAAACAUUGAGGAACCAACUUAAACAGUUAGAGACAUUUGAAUUGGGAUUGGCUCCAAUUGCUGUUAUUUUAAGAAAAGACAUGAAGUUGGCCGAAGAGUUUUUAAACUCCCUUCCCAGUGACUUCCCCAGAGAACAGCUUGAGGAAUUGAGUCUAGGCCACCAAAGUUUGCAGACUGCUUUCUCUUCCCUCAGCAGUGUGUCUUCAGAAAGGAUGAAACGCAUCACGCUCGCGAUUGACUCUGAAAUGUCUAAACUAGCAGUUUCCCAUGAAGAGUUUCUGCAGAAACUUGAGUUGUUCUCACAUUGGAUAUCAGAGAAGAACAAAUCUGUGAAGGAUAUUGAGAUUAUGAAUGUUCAAGAUACUGAACAUGUGAAGAAAAGUUUGCAACUUCUCAAGAAUGUGUUAAAAGACCUUGGACCUACCAAAGUACAGCUGGAGACCACAGCUUUUGAUGUACAGUUCUUCAUUUCGGAAUAUGCACAAGACCUGUCUCCCAACCAAAGCAAACAACUGCUGAGGCUGUUAAAUACAACUCAGAAGUGUUUUCUUGAUGUACAGGAAUCAGUAACUACCCAGGUGGAACGUUUAGAGACUCAGUUACAGCUAGAACAAGAUCUUGAUGAUCAGAAGAUCGUGGCAGAGCGUCAGCAGGAGUACAAAGAGAAACUCCAAGGGAUAUGUGAUCUCCUCACCCAAACUGAAAACCGCCUGAUCGGUCACCAAGAAGCCUUUGUGAUUGGAGAUGGAACGGUCGAGUUGAAGGAGUACCAGUCCAAGCAGGAGGAAUUACAGAAAGAUAUGCAAGGAAGUGCACAGGCUUUGGCAGAAAUAGUGAAAAAUACAGAGAACUUCUUGAAAGAGAAUGGUGAAAAGCUGUCACAAGAAGAUAAGGCUUUGAUUGAGCAGAAACUUAAUGAAGCCAAGUUAAAGUGUGAACAGCUUAAUCUAAAGGCAGAACAGUCAAAAAAGGAGCUGGAUAAAGUUGUGACAACAGCAAUCAAAGAAGAAACUGAAAAGGUUGCAGCUGUGAAGCAGCUGGAAGAGAGCAAAACCAAAAUAGAAAACCUUUUGGACUGGCUGUCAAAUGUGGACAAAGAUUCAGAAAGGGCAGGGAUGAGACAGAGACAGGUAAUUGAACAGAACGGGACUCAUUUUCAAGAAGGUGAUGGCAAGUCAGCGAUUGGAGAAGAGGAUGAAGUUAAUGGUAACUUGUUGGAAACUGAUGUUGAUGGACAAGUGGGAACCACUGAGGAGAAUCUGAACCAGCAAUACCAGAAAGUUAAGGCCCAACAUGAGAAGAUCGUCUCUCAGCACCAAGCAGUCCUCAUGGCCACUCAGUCUGCACAAGCCUUGCUUGAGAAACAGGGUCACUAUCUCUCUCCUGAGGAAAAAGAGAAACUGCAGAAGAACAUGAAGGAACUGAAAACACAUUAUGAGACCGCACUGGCCGAGUCGGAGAAGAAAAUGAAAUUAACGCAUUCUCUGCAGGAAGAAUUAGAAAAGUUUGAUGCAGAUUAUAGCGAGUUUGAACACUGGCUGCAGCAGUCAGAACAAGAACUGGAAAACCUGGAAGCAGGUGCUGACGACCUCAGUGGUUUAAUGACCAAACUGAAACGGCAGAAGAGUUUCUCAGAAGACGUCAUUUCUCACAAAGGGGACUUGAGGUACAUCACAAUUUCUGGAAACAGAGUGUUAGAAGCGGCCAAAUCUUGCAGCAGGAGAAGCGGCAGUAGCAAGGCUGACCAGGACAAUAUUGAUACUUCUGCAACCCACAGAGAAGUCCAGAGAAAAUUGGAUCAUGCUACCGAUCGCUUCAGGUCUCUCUACUCGAAGUGCAAUGUCCUCGGGAAUAAUCUUAAAGACUUGGUGGAUAAAUAUCAACACUAUGAAGAUGCCUCAUGUGGACUUCUUUCUGGGCUCCAAGCCUGUGAGGUCACAGCAAGCAAACACUUAUCUGAACCUAUUGCUGUGGACCCUAAAAAUCUGCAAAGGCAAUUAGAAGAGACCAAGGCUCUGCAAGGGCAGAUAUCCAAUCAGCAGGUGGCUGUAGAGAAACUGAAAAAAACGGCCGAAGUCCUUUUAGAUGCCAGAGGAUCUUUACUUCCAGCCAAGAAUGAGAUCCAGAAAACACUGGAUGACAUUGUUGGGAGAUAUGAUGAUCUGUCCAAGUCUGUUAAUGAACGAAAUGAAAAACUCCAGAUAACCUUGACCCGCUCACUGAGUGUGCAGGAUGGCCUGGAUGAAAUGCUGGACUGGAUGGGAAGUGUGGAAAGUUCUCUGAAAGAACAAGGUCAAGUGCCCUUAAACUCUGCUGCUCUUCAGGAUGUGAUCAGUAAAAACAUUAUGUUGGAACAGGAUAUUGCAGGUCGUCAGAGCAGUAUAAAUGCCAUGAAUGAAAAAGUGAAGAAAUUUAUGGAGACCUCAGACCCAUCCACUGCAUCCUCACUGCAGGCCAAGAUGAAAGACUUGUCUGCUCGGUUUUCAGAAGCUAGUCAUAAACACAAAGAAAAACUGGCCAAGAUGGAGGAGCUCAAAACCAAAGUAGAACUCUUUGAGAACCUCUCAGAAAAGCUCCAAACGUUUUUAGAAACAAAAACUCAGGCUCUUACUGACACAGAUGUGCCAGGAAAAGACGUUAGUGAAUUGUCUCAAUAUAUGCAGGAAUCAACUUCUGAAUUCUUAGAACAUAAGAAAGAUCUUGAAGUUUUACACAGUCUUUUGAAGGAGAUCUCCAGCCAUGGCUUGCCAGGUGAUAAGGCUCUGGUUUUUGAAAAAACAAAUAAUUUGUCAAAGAAAUUCAAGGAAAUGGAGCAUACCAUCAAACAAAAAAAAGAAGCUGUAUCUUCUUGUCAAGAACAGAUGGAUGCUUUCCAAGUCCUUGUUAAGUCAUUGAAGUCAUGGAUAGAAGAAACAACAGAAAGAGUUCCUAUUGUGCAGCCUUCUUUUGGUGCAGAGGAUUUAGGAAAAUCUUUGGAAGAAACUAAGAAAUUACAAGAGAAGUGGAGUUCAAAAACACCAGAGAUUCAGAAAGUAAACAACAGUGGGAUCUCACUAUGUAACCUAAUCAGUGCUGUCACUACCCCUGCAAAGGCAAUAGCAGCGGUCAAAUCAGGUGGAAUAAUAAAUGGUGAAGGAGCAGCCACAGAUACUCAAGAAAUUUUGGCAAAUAAAGGGUUAACAUCCAUUAAAAAGGAUAUGACUGACAUAGGCCAUGGUUAUGAAGAUCUUGGCCUCUUACUUAAGGACAAAAUAUCUGAACUGAAUAGCAAACUCUCCAAAUUGCAAAAGGCUCAGGAAGAAUCAAGUGCAAUGAUGCAGUGGCUACAGAAGAUGAAUAAAACUGCAACAAAAUGGCAUCAGGCACCUACGCCUACAGAUGCGGAAGCUGUGAAGACUCAAGUUGAACAGAACAAGUCAUUUGAGGCAGAACUGAAGCAAAAUGUAAACAAAGUGCAGGAGUUGAAAGACAAAUUGACAGAGCUGUUGGAGGAGAACCCAGAUACUCCUGAGGCCCCCAAAUGGAAACAGAUGUUGACAGAAAUUGAUUCUAAGUGGCAAGAACUCAAUCAAUUAACAGUUGAUAGACAACAAAAACUGGAAGAAUCCUCUAAUAAUCUAACCCAAUUCCAGACGGUAGAGGCUCAGUUAAAACAGUGGCUUGUGGAAAAAGAACUGAUGGUCAGUGUUCUUGGGCCCUUGUCAAUUGACCCAAAUAUGCUAAACACACAAAGGCAGCAGGUGCAGAUCCUGCUGCAAGAAUUUGAUACUCGGAAGCCUCAAUAUGAGCAGCUAACUGCAGCUGGUCAGAGCAUUUUGAGCAGACCUGGUGAACACCCCUCUUUCCAUGGGAUUGUGAAAGAGCAACUGGCAGCUGUGACCCAAAAGUGGGACAGCCUAACAGGACAAUUGAGUGACAGAUGUGACUGGAUCGACCAAGCCAUUAUUAAGAGCACACAGUAUCAAAGCCUGCUGAGAAGCCUUUCUGAUAAACUGAGUGACUUGGAUAAUAAACUCAUCACUAGUGCGGCUGUGAGCACGCACCCUGAUGCCAUGAAACAGCAGUUGGAAGCAGCCCAAAAAAUGAAGCAGGAACUAGAGCAGGAAAUGAAACAGAUAAAGGUGGCCCAGGCCCUCUGUGAGGAUUUGUCAGCACUGGUUAAAGAAGAGUACUUGAAAGCAGAACUGAGUAGGCAACUAGAAGGCAUCAUAAAGUCAUUUAAGGAUAUUGAACAAAAAACAGAGAAUCAUGUUCAGCACCUUCAGUCAGCCUGUGCGAGCUCUCACCAAUUUCAGCAAAUGUCUCGAGACUUUCAGGCUUGGCUGGAUACAAAGAAAGAAGAGCAAAACAAGUGUCCCCCCAUAUCAGCCAAACUCGAUGUCUUGGAGUCCUUAAUUAAAGAUCAGAAAGACUUUAGUAAAACUUUGUCUGCUCAGUCUAAUAUUUAUGAAAAAACCAUUGCAGAAGGUGAAAAUCUCUUGUUAAAAACACAAGGGUCUGAGAAGGCAGCCUUACAGUUACAACUUAACUCAAUUAAAACCAACUGGGAUGGAUUUAAUAAGCAGGUGAAAGAACGGGAAGACAGGGUAAAAGAUUCACUGGAAAAAGCCCUCAAGUACAGAGAGCAUGUAGAGACUCUCCGGCCAUGGAUAGACAAAUGUCAAAAUAACCUGGAGGAAAUAAAAUUUUGCUUGGAUUCUGCUGAAACAGAGAAUUCUGUUGCCAAGUUACAGUCUCUGCAGAAGGAAAUGAACCAACACUUGGGGAUGGUAGAACUGCUAAACAAUGCAGCCAAUAGCUUGCUCAGUGUCUGUGAGGUAGAUAAAGAGGCUGUUACAGAUGAGAAUAAAUCACUGAUCCAGAAAGUAGACAUGGUCACCGAGCAACUUCACAGUAAGAAGUUCUCUCUGGAGAACAUGGCCCAGAAGUUUAAAGAAUUUCAAGAAGUUUCCAAAGAAGCUAAAAGGCAGCUUCAGUGUGCAAAGGAGCAGCUAGAUGUCUACGAUUCCUUAGGACCCCAGGCCUACAGUAACAAAUACCUGACUGUGUUGCAGACUCAGCAGAAGACCCUUCAGACCUUGAAACAUCAGGUAGAUUUGGUCAAGGGGCUUGCACAAGACCUUGUGGUAGAAGCUUCAGACUCAAAGGGAACCUCUGAUGUUUUAUUACAAGCAGAAACCUUAGCUCAAGAACAUAGUGCAUUGAGUCAACAGGUUGAUGAAAGGUGUUCAUUCUUAGAAACCAAGCUUCAGGGCAUUGGGCAUUUUCAGAAUACCAUCCGAGAAAUGUUUUCUCAGUUUGCAGAGUUCGAUGAUGAACUAGAUAGUAUGGCCCCAGUGGGGAGAGAUGUAGAAACAUUGCAAAAGCAAAAGGAGGAUAUCAAAGCCUUUCUGAAGAAACUAGAAGCCCUCAUAGCAAGCAACGACAAUGCUAAUAAAACCUGCAAGAGGAUGCUGGCCAUGGAAGAAACCUCUCCUGAUCUUGUUGGAAUCAAAAGGGACUUGGAAGCUUUAAGCAAACAAUGCAACAAGUUACUGGACCGAGCACAAGCCCGAGAAGAGCAAGUUGAAGGGACGGUUGAGCGUCUUGAAGAAUUCUACAGCAAACUGAAGGAAUUCUCUACUCUGCUUCAGAAGGCUGAAGAACAUGAAGAGUCUCAAGGCCCUGUUGGUAUGGAAACAGAGACCAUUAACCAACAGCUUAAUGUGUUCAAGGUAUUCCAAAAAGAAGAGAUUGAACCUUUGCAGGUUAAACAGCAAGAUGUGAACUGGUUAGGUCAGGGCCUUAUUCAGAGUGCUGCUAAAAGCACCAGCACCCAGGGUUUGGAGCAUGACCUGGAUGAUGUCAACGCACGGUGGAAGACUCUCAAUAAGAAGGUAGCUCAGCGGGCAGCCCAGCUGCAGGAGGCACUGCUGCACUGUGGGCGCUUCCAGGACGCCCUGGAGUCCCUGCUUAGCUGGAUGGCAGACACUGAGGAGCUUGUGGCCAACCAGAAGCCCCCAUCAGCCGAGUUCAAAGUGGUGAAGGCCCAGAUACAAGAGCAAAAACUUCUCCAAAGAUUGCUGGAUGACCGCAAAUCGACUGUGGAGGUAAUCAAACGUGAAGGAGAAAAAAUUGCUGCAACAGCAGAACCUGCAGACAAAGCAAAGAUUCUGAAGCAGCUGAGUCUCUUGGACAGUAGAUGGGAGGCAUUGCUUAGUAAAGCUGAAACACGGAAUCGUCAGUUGGAAGGUAUCUCAGUGGUAGCACAGCAAUUUCAUGAAACCCUAGAACCAUUGAAUGAGUGGCUUACAACCAUAGAAAAGAAGCUGGCGAACUGUGAGCCCAUAGGAACCCAAGCGUCUAAACUUGAGGAACAAAUUGCACAGCACAAAGCCUUAGAAGAUGACAUCAUCAAUCACAAUAAACAUUUGCACCAGGCUGUUAGCAUUGGCCAAUCCUUAAAGGUUUUGAGCUCCAGGGAGGAUAAAGAUAUGGUGCAAAGUAAACUAGACUCCUCUCAAGUGUGGUACAUUGAGAUUCAAGAGAAAAGUCACAGCAGGUCUGAGCUCCUCCAGCAGGCCUUAUGUAAUGCUAAGAUUUUUGGGGAAGAUGAAGUUGAGCUGAUGAAUUGGCUGAAUGAAGUGCAUGACAAACUGAGCAAGCUCUCAGUCCAGGAUUACAGCCCUGAGGGGUUAUGGAAGCAGCAGUCUGAACUUCGGGUUCUGCAAGAGGACAUCCUACUCAGAAAACAAAAUGUAGAUCAGGCAUUACUAAAUGGUUUAGAACUACUGAAACAAACAACAGGUGAUGAAGUUUUAAUCAUUCAAGAUAAAUUGGAAGCCAUUAAAGCAAGGUACAAAGACAUUACUAAAUUAAGCACGGAUGUAGCCAAGACCUUGGAGCAGGCACUGCAGCUUGCCAGGCGCCUGCACUCCACACGUGAAGAGCUCUGCACCUGGCUGGACAAAGUGGAGGUGGAAUUACUUUCAUACGAAACUCAGGUUCUGACGGGAGAAGCAGCAAGCCAAGCCCAAGCGAGACAAAAAGAACUGAAAAAGGAAGCUAAGGACAGCAAAGCCUUAUUGGACUCCCUUAACGAAGUGAGCAGUGCUUUACUGGAGUUGGUACCCUGGAGGGCGAGGGAAGGACUGGAAAAAAUGGUGGCCGAGGACAAUGACCGCUACCGAUUAGUGAGCGACACCAUCACUCAAAAGGUGGAGGAGAUCGAUGCGGCCAUUCUGAGAUCACAGCAGUUUGACCAAGCAGCUGAUGCUGAAUUAUCCUGGAUUACUGAAACCGAAAAGAAAUUGAUGUCUCUGGGUGACAUCAGGCUUGAGCAAGACCAGACCUCUGCUCAGCUGCAGCUUCAAAAGAAAUUCACCAUGGAGAUUUUGAGACACAAGGAUAUUAUUGAUGAGCUUGUGAAAUCUGGACAUAAAAUCAUGACCACAUGCAGUGAAGAGGAAAAGCAAUCAAUGAAGAAAAAACUGGACAAGGUGUUGAAGAACUAUGAUGCCAUCUGCCAGAUAAACUCAGAGAGGUAUCUACAGCUAGAACGAGCACAGUCCCUGGUUAACCAGUUCUGGGAAACAUAUGAAGAACUUUGGCCAUGGCUGACAGAAACACAAAGAAUCAUCUCUCAGCUUCCUGCCCCAGCCCUCGAAUAUGAAACUCUAAGACAACAGCAGGAAGAGCACCGGCAACUGCGAGAGUUGAUAGCCGAACACAAGCCUCAUAUAGAUAAGAUGAACAAAACUGGGCCACAGUUACUGGAAUUGAGCCCAGGGGAAGGCUUUUCUAUCCAAGAGAAGUACGUGGCAGCUGACACCCUUUACAGUCAAAUUAAAGAAGAUGUCAAAAAGCGAGCCGUGGCAUUGGAUGAAGCUAUUUCUCAAUCUACUCAGUUCCACGACAAGAUAGACCAGAUCCUUGAGAGCCUGGAACGCAUCGUGGAGCGUUUGAGGCAGCCGCCUUCGAUCUCAGCUGAGGUAGAGAAGAUUAAGGAGCAGAUCAGUGAGAAUAAGAAUGUGUCAGUAGACAUGGAGAAGCUACAACCAUUGUAUGAAACACUUAAAAAGCGGGGAGAGGAAAUGAUUGCGAGAUCUGAGGGCACUGACAAAGACAUAUCUGCCAAAGCUGUUCAGGAUAAGCUUGACCAAAUGGUUUUCAUUUGGGAGAACAUACACACACUUGUGGAAGAAAGGGAAGCCAAACUACUGGAUGUAAUGGAAUUAGCAGAAAAGUUCUGGUGUGAUCACAUGUCAUUGGUCGUAACCACUAAAGACACACAAGAUUUCAUCCGGGAUCUGGAGGAUCCUGGAAUUGAUCCCUCAGUAGUAAAACAGCAGCAAGAAGCAGCAGAGGCCAUUAAGGAAGAAAUUGAUGGACUACAGGAAGAGCUGGAUAUAGUUGUCAACCUGGGUUCUGAACUCAUUGCUGCGUGUGGGGAACCUGAUAAACCCAUUGUCAAGAAGAGUAUAGAUGAGUUAAAUUCAGCCUGGGAUUCUCUGAAUAAGGCUUGGAAAGACAGGGUGGACAAACUUGAGGAGGCAAUGCAGGCUGCCGUUCAGUACCAGGAUGGACUACAGGCAAUAUUUGACUGGGUAGAUAUUGCAGGUGGUAAAUUAGCUUCAAUGUCACCAAUUGGAACAGAUCUUGAAACUGUCAAGCAGCAGAUUGAAGAGCUAAAGCAAUUCAAAUCAGAGGCCUACCAACAACAGAUAGAAAUGGAGAGACUAAAUCAUCAAGCAGAGCUUUUGCUGAAGAAAGUAACAGAAGAGAGCGACAAACACACUGUUCAAGACCCAUUGAUGGAGCUGAAAUUGAUAUGGGAUAGUCUGGAUGAAAGAAUUAUCAACAGACAGCAUAAGCUAGAAGGUGCUCUGUUAGCACUGGGCCAGUUCCAGCAUGCCCUGGAUGAGCUGCUUGCCUGGCUGACACACACUGAGGGCCUGCUGAGUGAACAGAAGCCUGUGGGAGGAGACCCUAAGGCCAUUGAAAUUGAACUCGCAAAGCACCAUGUGCUUCAAAAUGAUGUACUAGCCCAUCAGUCCACAGUGGAAGCCGUUAACAAAGCAGGAAAUGAUCUGAUUGCAUCAAGUGCAGGAGAAGAAGCAAGCAACCUUCAGAACAAGCUAGAGAUUCUAAAUCAACGAUGGCAAAAUGUUUUGGAAAAAACAGAACAAAGGAAGCAGCAGCUGGAUGGUGCCUUGCGCCAGGCCAAAGGGUUCCAUGGUGAGAUUGAGGAUUUGCAGCAGUGGCUGACGGACACGGAGCGUCAUCUGUUAGCCUCCAAACCUCUGGGGGGGUUACCGGAAACAGCCAGGGAGCAGCUUAAUGCCCACCUGGAAAUCUGUGCUGCCUUUGAUGUUAAAGAAGAAACAUACAAAAGUCUGAUGCAGAAAGGCCAGCAGAUGCUUGCAAGAUGCCCCAAAUCUGCAGAGACAAUUGACCAAGACAUAAAUAACUUGAAAGAAAAAUGGGAAUCGGUGGAAACCAAACUCAAUGAAAGGAAAACUAAACUGGAAGAGGCCCUCAACUUGGCAAUGGAGUUCCAUAAUUCCCUCCAAGACUUCAUCAACUGGCUAACCCAGGCUGAACAGACCCUAAAUGUAGCUUCUCGGCCAAGUCUUAUCUUGGACACAGUCUUGUUUCAAAUCGAUGAACACAAGGUCUUCGCCAAUGAAGUAAAUUCUCACCGUGAGCAGAUAAUAGAGCUGGACAAAACUGGGACCCACCUGAAGUAUUUCAGUCAGAAACAAGACGUUGUCCUAAUUAAGAAUCUACUGAUCAGUGUACAAAGUCGGUGGGAAAAAGUGGUUCAGCGGUUAGUAGAAAGAGGGAGAUCUUUGGAUGAUGCAAGGAAAAGAGCCAAGCAGUUCCAUGAAGCUUGGAGUAAACUUAUGGAGUGGCUAGAGGAGUCAGAGAAGUCUUUGGAUUCUGAACUGGAAAUUGCCAAUGAUCCAGACAAGAUAAAAACACAGCUUGCACAGCAUAAGGAGUUUCAGAAAUCACUCGGAGCCAAGCAUUCUGUCUAUGACACCACCAACAGAACGGGACGUUCUCUGAAGGAGAAAACCUCCCUGGCUGAUGACAACCUGAAACUGGAUGACAUGCUGAGUGAACUCAGAGACAAAUGGGAUACCAUCUGUGGAAAAUCUGUGGAAAGACAAAACAAACUGGAGGAAGCCCUGUUAUUUUCUGGACAAUUCACCGAUGCCUUGCAGGCCCUCAUUGAUUGGCUGUAUAGAGUUGAACCCCAGCUGGCAGAAGACCAGCCUGUCCAUGGAGACAUUGAUUUAGUGAUGAAUCUGAUCGAUAAUCACAAGGCUUUCCAGAAAGAACUGGGGAAGAGGACCAGCAGCGUGCAGGCCCUGAAGCGCUCGGCACGAGAGCUCAUAGAGGGCAGCCGAGACGACUCCUCCUGGGUCAAGGUCCAGAUGCAGGAACUAAGCACACGCUGGGAGACUGUGUGUGCACUUUCUAUAUCAAAGCAGACCCGAUUGGAAGCAGCCCUGCGUCAGGCAGAGGAAUUUCACUCGGUGGUGCAUGCCCUCCUGGAGUGGCUGGCCGAGGCGGAGCAAACCCUUCGUUUCCAUGGCGCUCUCCCAGAUGAUGAGGAUGCUCUUCGGACUCUCAUUGAUCAGCAUAAAGAAUUCAUGAAGAAACUGGAAGAAAAAAGAGCCGCACUGAAUAAAGCUACCAGCAUGGGAGAUGCUGUUUUGGCCAUGUGCCAUCCUGACUCCAUCACCACCAUUAAGCACUGGAUAACCAUCAUCCGGGCCAGGUUUGAGGAGGUGUUGGCCUGGGCAAAGCAGCAUCAACAGAGAUUAGCAAGUGCUCUGGCUGGGCUCAUUGCUAAACAGGAAUUGUUGGAAGCUUUGCUGGCUUGGCUGCAAUGGGCUGAAACCACGUUGAGUGAUAAGGACAAGGAAGUCAUCCCCCAGGAAAUCGAAGAGGUGAAAGCCCUCAUUGCAGAGCACCAGACCUUCAUGGAGGAAAUGACCAGAAAACAACCUGAUGUGGAUAAAGUUACCAAGACCUACAAGAGGAGGGCAGCUGAUCCUGCCUCAUUACAGUCCCAUAUUCCAGUCCUGGAUAAGGGACGAGCAGGAAGAAAGCGCUUCCCAGCAUCAAGCUUAUAUCCCUCUGGAUCACAGACACAAAUCGAAACCAAGAAUCCCAGGGUCAACUUGUUGGUGAGCAAAUGGCAGCAAGUUUGGCUCCUCGCACUGGAAAGAAGGAGGAAGCUUAAUGAUGCCUUGGACAGACUGGAAGAGCUGAGGGAAUUUGCUAACUUUGAUUUUGAUAUCUGGCGCAAAAAAUACAUGAGAUGGAUGAAUCAUAAGAAAUCUCGAGUGAUGGACUUCUUCAGGAGAAUUGAUAAAGAUCAGGAUGGGAAAAUAACCCGACAAGAAUUUAUUGAUGGAAUUCUUUCCUCAAAGUUUCCAACCAGCCGCCUGGAGAUGAGCGCAGUUGCAGACAUCUUUGACCGAGACGGCGAUGGAUACAUUGACUACUAUGAGUUUGUAGCGGCCCUUCAUCCGAAUAAAGACGCAUAUAAACCUGUCACUGACGCCGACAAAAUCGAGGAUGAGGUGACAAGACAAGUAGCUAAGUGUAAAUGUGCAAAACGAUUUCAAGUUGAACAGAUCGGAGAUAACAAAUACAGGUUCUUCCUGGGAAAUCAGUUUGGGGACUCCCAGCAGCUGAGGCUCGUUCGAAUCCUACGAAGUACUGUAAUGGUUCGUGUUGGAGGCGGAUGGAUGGCGCUUGAUGAGUUCUUGGUGAAAAAUGAUCCUUGCAGGGUUCAUCAUCAUGGGAGUAAAAUGUUACGUUCGGAAUCAAACUCUUCAAUUACUACUACUCAGCCUACUAUAGCCAAAGGAAGGACAAACAUGGAACUUCGGGAGAAGUUCAUUUUAGCAGAUGGUGCCAGUCAGGGUAUGGCAGCCUUCCGGCCCCGGGGCCGAAGAUCGAGGCCUUCGUCACGAGGAGCUUCACCCAACCGUUCAACGUCUGUGUCCAGUCAGGCUGGCCAGGCGGCCUCUCCACAGGUCCCUGCCACCAGCACACCCAAGAUUCUCCAUCCUUUAACACGCAAUUAUGGUAAACCAUGGUUGACAAACAGCAAAAUGUCAACUCCUUGUAAACCAGCAGAGUGCUCAGACUUUUCCGUGCCGUCUGCAGAGGGAACACCAAUACAAGGAAGCAAGCUUCGACUUCCAGGAUAUUUAUCAGGGAAAGGCUUCCACUCUGGGGACGACAGUGGCUUGAUAACCACCGCAGCCGCCAGAGUCCGAACACAGUUUGCUGAUCCCAAGAAGACUCCCAGCCGACCAGGAAGCCGAGCCGGAAGCAAAGCUGGCAGCAGGGCCAGCAGCCGCCGAGGCAGUGAUGCGUCAGACUUUGACAUUUCGGAAAUCCAGUCUGUGUGCUCAGAUGUGGAGACUGUCCCCCAGACACACAGGCCUACGCCCCGAGCAGGUUCUCGGCCCUCCACAGCCAAGCCUUCCAAAAUCCCCACGCCCCAGAGGAAAUCACCUGCCAGCAAAUUGGACAAGUCCUCAAAGAGAUAGUGCAAUUGGUUCCACCGCGGCCCUUCCUUGAGCGUUUAUUAUUUAAGUUUGAAAGAUGUAAAAUAUGAUGUAGAAAUUAUUGUGAAAUAAUUGCAAGGAGUUGAGUUUAAAAUUCUGCAGAUGGCCUUAUUUGUGUAUUUGUCUUCUUAUUUUAUCUGUAUAAUUUCUUGUCAGAUAUUCUGGGGGUUAAAGUCACAUCAUAUGUGAGGGGGAGGAAAGAGUCUAACAUGCACUAACAUUUCCGCACUGUAAGGUGUGGAGCACACACUAGAAUCGGUGACUGUACCUACAGGUAAGUCCUCAUCCUCUCCGACAGCCACAGCACGACAGCCGCAGCUAACGUUAAGGAUACCUCAUGACAUUUUCUUGCUUUUGUAGACACUCUGAGAAGCCAAAAGACACACACCGGGCAUACAUUUUGAGAUCAUUAAAAUGUAAACUAAAAGGGGGAGGGCAGACAGACGAACACAACCACGUACAGUUCUUUAAGCAGUGUCUGACAGAGAACUCACAGGAAGUUACUUUAGGCACUUGCCAGUGCUAUGACAUUCGAGAACCUUACAGCAUUUCUGUGCCAUUGCUUCACAUGAGGCCAGAGGCGUCCCGGAUAUUAGACCUAUUAUACUGUAAGAAUAUAAUUAUAAAGUGCAUUCAUAUAAAUGUGAGGUUUUCUUUUGCUUGAGUGGACAGUAGCACCUGUAUCAUUGAACUCAUUUUGUAUCAAAGCAAUUUUGCUUGCAGAAAGCUAUGAAAUAAAACAUGUCCCUUAACUACAUUGCUAUGGAAUUAAUUUUUUUCCCCAGGGAAAAUCCGUGUAUUUUUUUAUGAGCAAUAUCAAUUUGGAGUGACCAAAAGAUACUUAAAAAUGGGUUUAUUUUGAUUUCUCAUCUGAAAUAAUCAUGUUCUGGUAUUAUAUCUAUAUUUAAUAAAUAUAUACAUUUUAAUUUAUUAUGUAUACUCACAUACUAUAGAAAGAUAUUAGUAUGCAUUUAAUAAAACCUAUUCACUUGAA